AUGUCGACAACAUCCGCCGCCCCGGCCCAGGCCAAGGCCCGCUUCUCUCAGGGCUCCGACGAGGCCUCGCUGUCCUCGACGCUGGAGACGCUGCUGGGAGAGGGACGCUGGGCGCUCGUGAACGACGGCGAGGCCGUCGAGAGGAGCUUCAAGUUUAAGAACUUUGCGAAGACGUGGGACUUCAUGACGGCCGUGAGCCUGCAGUGUAAAACACACAACCAUCACCCCGAGUGGUCCAACGUCUACAACACAACCUUCAUCCGCUGGACGACGCAUAACCCAAAGGGCCUGUCGGACAAGGACCUCAAGCUAGCCUUGCUCUGCGACGCCCUGGCCAAGGACUUUGGCGAGGUCGAGGCGCCGCCGGCCGUCGAGGGGGAGGCUGCCGUCAGCUGCGGCAUCCGGGGUCUGGCUGACAAGGCCGCGGGCACGGCAGGAGACUGCUGCACGCCAAAGAAGUGA